AAGUGCGCAUGUCUCAAUAUUUGUGACACGACUCCCAAAUCCACGCAAUGAAAUACUUGAAAGUCUCUGUAAAAUAAUCCUUUUGAUAUGAAUUAAGUAGGUUUGUUGAUUAAUGAAUAUGUGGUCAUUUUUUUCUCGAGACCCGGCCAAAGACUUUCAUUAUGAUAUAGGAGAAAAGAUAACUGGCCUUGAAAACAAGUCGAUUUGGGCUGUUCAUCAUGGCAAAAAGAAGGGAACAGGAGAACCUGUCACCAUAUUUGCUUUUGAUGUGAAAUCAAGCAGUGAAUCACAAGUACAGGUGGCUAAAGGGGCAUUUAAGAGGAUCAAAACUCUCAGACAUCCAAACAUAGUAUCUUUCUUGGAUGGAGUUGAGACAGAUAAAGUAAUCUACUUUGCCACAGAAGCAGUUUUACCCCUUGAAAAUUAUCUAAAUGAGAGUGAAGAAAAUCGGAACCUAAUGGCAAUAUCAUGGGGCAUCCAUCAAGUGGCUAAAGGUUUGUCAUUCCUCAUCAAUGAUUGUAACCUGAUCCACAACAAUGUGUGUCUGUCCUCUGUGUUUGUCAAUCAGGCAGGGGAGUGGAAACUAGGGGGUGUGGACUAUAUGUACCCUGCUCAGGGGCAGGACAGUGUGCCUCCUGUUAAAAUCCUCCCCUUGUUGGACAGAUAUGAUCCCCCAGAAAAGUUAGAAAACAGAAGAGGUGCAAGAACAGAGAAAUGGUCAACAGAUAUGUGGGGUCUGGGUUGCUUGAUAUGGGAGGUGUUUAAUGGCCCACUGUCUCAGACUAGUGCUCUCAAAUCAGUGGGAAAGAUUCCAAAAUCUUUAGUGCCAAAUUACUGUGAAUUAGUUGGAGCCAAUCCAAAGUCUCGUCCCAAUCCUGCCAAAUUCAUAGAAAGCUGUAGAACUGGUCAUGGGUUUAUGCAGAACUCAUUUGUCAAGACAAUGCUCUUCUUGGAUGAAAUUCAGAUCAAAGAUCAGUCAGAGAAAACAAAGUUCUUUGCCAAUCUAGCACCAUCAUUAGACGAAUUUCCAAAAGCUUUCUGUAAAAAUAAGAUUCUGCCCCAGUUACUGAAUGCAUUUGAAUACGGUGAUGCUGGCUCCCACAUUCUAGCUCCACUUUUCAAGAUUGGAAAAUUUCUGGAUGCAGAGGAAUACCAGAGUAGAAUUGUUCCCUGUGUGGUCAAACUAUUUACCUCUCCUGACAGAGCCACGAGAGUCAAACUUCUACAGCAGAUUGACACUUUUGUGGAGUACCUCCAGGCAGCCACUGUAAAUGACAAAAUUUUUCCUCACAUUAUCCAUGGCUUUACAGACACAAACCCUGUGGUUAGAGAAUCUACAAUUAAGGCUAUAGUUUUUAUUGCCCCCAAACUGAACUACAAGAACUUAAAUGAGGAGGUGAUGAAACACUUUGCCAGACUACAGGCCAAAGAUGAUCAGGGUGGUAUAAGGACAAACACAACAGUGUGUCUAGGGAAGAUAGCAUGUCAUCUGAAUCCACAAGUGAGACAGAAGAUGAUAUCCUCUGCCUUUCUGAGGGCCCUGAAGGAUCCAUUUCCCCCAGCCAGGCAGGCUGGAAUCUUAGGCAUGGCGUCCACCCAGAACUUCUUCACAUUGAAUGAAAUAGCUCAGAGGUUAUUACCAGCAAUGUGUUCCAUGACCAGAGACCCAGAAAAGGGGGUCAGAGAUCAGGCAUUCAGGGGAAUAAAAUGCUUUGUAGAAAAGUUAGAAAAGGUUUCAGAAAAUCCAGAGUUAGAAGCAGAGAUGGAGAAGGAUGUUCUGUCUGGGGGUUCUACAGUCUCCAGCAGUGCUGCCAGCUGGGCGGGGUGGGCGGUGACAGGGGUGUCUUCCCUGACAUCCAAACUGUACAAAAAGGACGGUACCAGACAGAAGGCAACUGGAUCACCAGGACCAGCACAAAAUGUUGGUGAACUUCCAAAAAAGCCUACUCCAAAACCAGUGAGUGAUAAUCCAUCAGCCCCAGAACCAAGUCAGCCUGAGGAGACAGGGUGGGACGAGGAAGGAUGGGGAGAUAUUGAUGAUACUCUGGAUAAUGAGGAGGAGUCGAGUGAGACUAAGCCUCGGGCCACUGAUGGCUGGGAGGACAAUGAUGAGGAGGACUGGGGCAGUCUGGAGGAUACGGCCCCAAAGAGUGUUGGUCAGGAAAAAUCAUCAGGCAGUUCCAUGAAGCUUGGUUCUAAAAAAGCCGAGGAUGAGUGGGGAGGGGACUUUGGUAAUGAAUUUGUGAGUACCGAGGACAGCGGCCUAACAAUGGCAGGGGAAUACAACUGGGGGAAUACAUCAGAAACUGCCCAGGAAGACUUCUUUUCCUCAGCUAUGGGACUUCCAAAACAAAAACCAGCAAAAACAAAACCGAAAUCCAGUCCAUCCAGUUCUAGAUCCAGUCCGGCGCCAUCUGGUGUUGUAGCUAGUCAACAGAAGGCUUCAAAAGUGGAGUCUGGGUGGGACGUAGAAGACUCAGGGUGGGGGACAGAGGAGUGGGGGCCUGUGGGGUCCACCAACAAGACCACAGUCCAGAGUCGCCCAGCUAAACAGAAGAGUCCUAGUCCUCCCCAGGACACCUCGGGAUGGGGCGAUUCAGGCUGGGGGGACGGUGACGACUGGGGAGCAGGUACCAACAAAAUUGAUGAAGCAAGGAGGAAAAAGGAAGAAAGAGAAGAAAAGAGAUUACAAAGGCAGAGAGAGAUAGAGGAAAGACGUGCAGCCAGGAAAGGAGGAGGGGCACUAAAACUAGGGGCUAAAAAGACAGCUCUAGAUUGAUCAGGAAAGGAGGAGGGGCACUAAAA